GUGUGUGUGUGUGUGUGUGUGUGUGUGUGUGUGUGUGUACACAGACCUCUUCAGCCUGUUUGCCAGUGAUCUGGGUGGAUAUGCUGCCAGGGAAGAUAUAGAAGCAGUCCUGCAGGUCCUGGAUGGAGAAAUCCCAACCUCCCUCAAGAAGUAUUUCAGUGAGGGUGACAAGGUGAGCUAUGAGCGCUUCAGGAUCUGGCUCCUGCAGAACAAGGAGGCCUUCACUUUAUCCAGAUGGCUCCUGUCCGGAGGAGUGUGUGUCACGCUCACAGACGACAGUGACACCCCCACGUUCUACCAGACCCUGGCCGGAGUCACACAUUUGGAGGAGUCAGACAUUAUAGACUUGGAGAAACGCUACUGGCUACUGAAAGCUCAGUCCAGAACCGGCCGCUUUGACUUGGAAACCUUUGUCCCACUGGUCUCUCCUCCUAUCCAUGCCUCACUGAGUGAAGGCUUGUUUCACGCCUUUGAUGAGAAUCGGGACAAUCACAUCGACUUUAAAGAGAUAUCAUGCGGACUCUCUGCGUGCUGCAGGGGGCCCGUAGCUGAAAGGCAGAAAUUUUGCUUCAAAGUGUUUGAUGUGGACCGUGAUGGGGUUCUGUCUCGAGAUGAACUUCAUGAAAUGGUGGUGGCCUUGCUGGAGGUCUGGAAGGACAAUCGCACUGACACACUCCCUGUACGUAUGCACACAAACACGUACAC